UGCAGCUUCCUUCGACACCGAGCUCGGAUACCGAUACGACCAUGGCAUUCCCCAAGGUCGUCGUCGUUAACCCGACGCCCCAUCCAACACCACCAAUGACGCCUAUUCUGCGGAGUGAUGAUAACCCGAACGCUCCGGCGCCACCACAGUCCACGUUCCUCCUCCCACCAUCCCCCGCAGCCGCACUAUCCGCUUCAAAGAUAGCCCCUUCCGCGGAGCGCUCGGACGCGAUCUCCUCCCGGCCUUCGCACCAGCCACAUCAGGCCCAGGGUUCUCGAGAGCCCGCCCAGCAGCAAAAAAGUCAACCGCAUGCGCAGUUACAUCCGCUAUCGACGCUCUCGCCUGCCCAGGCGCCAGAGUCGUUGUCGCGCUUGGACGCGGGGCGCUCUCCGGGCCUCUUUUUCCUCAAGCACUCGCCUGACGACGUCUCGCCUGACCGGGAGAGUUCGACGACGAGCAAGUCGCCUUCGGACAGAUACGAGGCGAGUAGCGGAGGCUCGGGGUCGAGCGCGAUCAUGAUGCAGCGGCACGCUGCUUCUAUGGCCGCCAAAGAUAUGGCGGUGGUUGCACCCGACGUGCCGCUUCACGACGAGCCGGAGACGAUGGAGGAGGAUGCCGACGAUAACGAUGACGCGGUGUCGGUCGCUGCGUCCAACGCACCGUCGAGGGGGCCGUCGAGAGCCGGUGGACGGAUACGCAAAGCAGGUGGAGGGAAGGCGGGCAUUGUGAGGCCGGCGAUGGCGCGGAGGGCGCACUCGUCGCGCUUCAUACCUCCGAGCUUGCAGCGGAGAUCGUCGACACAUUCGGAGACGGCGGUGGUGGCGAAGCAGGAGAAGGAGAAGGAGAAGGAGAAGGAGGGCAGGACAACACCCCGGGCGGCAUCGAGCAGCAAUCUCGUCGCGAACGAUUUCAAGGCGCCGCAGAUGAAGAGAGCCGCACAGUCGUCGAUGCAGCUCGCACCGAAGCUAUCGGCAUUGACGAUGACGGCGCCCAACGCAUCGACAACAACGUCGGGGCCGUCGGCUGCGAAGCCCAUCGAGCCCUCCCCAUUGGCCGUCCUUCCUCCUGUCGUUGUUGCCCCUGAACCUCCAACACUCGUCGAAACCCCACCCCUAUCUCAACCUCCGCCCGUCGCUCAACCUGCUGCCGUUGAUGACGCAACAGCCCAGGUACAGGUACAGGCCCAGGCACCCAACGGUCUCCAGGGCCGGAGGGUUGUAGUCGCCCAGACUUCUUCGGAAGACUACGAGACCACCACAGACGUGGAGGAGUCCGACUGGGCGUCGGACGAGGUCGAGGUGGACGGCGACGCCGAUAUCCCCGUCGUAGCAGCCGCGCCUGCUAUCGUCCGGUCGACAUCGCGGGGUGGCAGGUCGAACAGGCUCGCUGAGCAGUUCAGGAUGACGCGUGCAGCGGAGCGAGAGAAGGCAGAACGGGCGCGUGCGGAGGAGACGCGGCUGCGCGAGGCGGCCCUCGAAGCGCAGCGACAGCGGGAGAUGUUCCAGAAGGUGCCGAAACGGUCGUACUCGAACCUCAACCGGUCGAGGUCGGGCUUGCUCUCGCAGCUAAUGAACCCGGACCCGACGAUCUUCCCGCCGAGCCAUCCGUACCGCCAGAGUCGGUCUGCGCAAGACAUGUCGAAGAUGCGGAGCGGACUUCAGCCGAUGACUGCGCACACUUCAGCGCAGGCCAACGGGCGUGCACCGCAGACACCGAGUGGGAGUGGCUUGCAAGCUGGUGCUGUACCUGCACCGUCGCGGAUGCAGACGAGCAAGAGCGCUGCGGCGGUGCCGACGCAGGUGAACGCGACUGUCACGGUCAAGUCACCGCUUUCGAACGGCAUCGUCGCGGGGGUGCCCGAGAAGCCCGCCCCGCCGCGAAAUGCACAGGCACAGCCGCUCGACAAGCUACGGGAGAAGGAGCGGGAGAAGGCCGCUGCGGGCGGGUAUCGGCCCAAGGGUCGGCCAACGGAGGUCGAGAUGGAGAUGGAGGAGUCGGACGACGAGGAUGCGCAGGGUCAAGACGACAAGAUUCAGAUGUCGGAGAGCAUCGCGCAACAAAAACUCGCUGCUCUUGCCUCGAAGCGCGCGCCUGGGCCCAAGACGGGUAACACCUCCACGAACCACCGGCAACAUGCCACGGACGGUGCGGGUGCAAAGCGCGCGACGCCAUCGCUCGCGCAGCAGGUUGCCCAGGCCGCGAUGCCCAUGUUCGCGAUGCAGAAGGCGACCGCGUCCGCUGCGCAGCCCACCGCCGGGACGACACACACGACCGCGACGGCGGUGCCGGUGCCGCAGCCGAUCCCCAUGGGCCACCCGUACAAUUUCCCGGUGUACGCGCUGCCGAUGACGCCGCGCACGACGCGUCGCCAGAUGCUCAAGACGGAGUUGUCGGAGUCACUUCGCCGCCAGCUGCUCUGGGAGCGGCAGGUGAGCAACCAGAAUCUGGUUGGCGCGCGCCGGUCGAGUCAUAAUGGCGCGCUCGGGGGCGGGGUUGCGCCGAUGACGGCGGUGAGGUCGGAGGGGCAGGUGCAGGCUCGGGGCCAGGGCCAGGGCCAGGGCCAGAGUCAAGCUCAAGGCCAAGUUCAAGGUCAGAACCAGCAGCGGCAGGGCGGUGGUCAGGGCCAGACGGGGCAGGGAGAGGGCGCGGCGAGGAGUGCAGAGGAGGAGAGUCGGGAGGCGAGGAGGCGGGCUGCGUUCGCGCGGAAUAGGAGUUGGGCGAACGAUUACCACUAUGCGGGGUGGUGAUCGUCGUUGAGCGUUUUGCGAUUCUCUCUCCCUUGCUCUCGCGGUCCUCUGUUGUUGGUUCGUGACGUCGGCGGUGGUGGUAAUGGUGGAUGUGCCGGAGGCCGCGAUUCGAAAAGGGGAGGGGAGGAGGAGGAAGUGUUUGCGCAUUGGUGUGCGGCUAGUUUUUUUUUCUCGUGUUGCUGCUGUUGCGGAUCAACGUUUUCUGGCUCUCAUGCACGGGUUGUGUUGCAUAUGUUAUCGGGUUUGCUAUCCAUCCAUCCCAUUCCGUUCCUUUUCCCGUCUCGUUUUCUCUCCCUCCGUUUUCACUUAUGUCUUGCUCUUUCUUUGCUCUUUUCUCUGUGUCAUAUGUCUGUAUUAGCGUUGUCGCCGAGUGCUCUCCGGAGUAUGGUGGGUUCAGCAUGCAUGCAAGGCACCGCCUACUCGGUAUUGCCAUGUCCGGGCCUGGAGCGCCGAUCGUCAAAUUUCGCCAUCGGAUUCGUCUAUUCACCCUGGUCGUUACUGCCGACAUCAUCGCCUCGCAGGAACGUUCUCGCUUGAUGCUUUAUCCCCGGUCCACUUGCGUGCACGCACCUCAUACCAUCAUCUCAUCCCGAGCUCAUCCUCCACUGUCACCACCCACCUUACGUGCCUUUAAUCCACGUUACUCUGCUGUGUACACAAUCCUCGACUGCCGAUGCCCACGGCACGGGCACGGCAUCUUCCAAUACCCUCUCGUCGUCUUUUUUUCCUCGUUCAUUGUCAUAUUGCGUCCCGUCUGCCCGUAUUACGCUCUGUACCACCACCCAUCACCACUGC